CUCAAUUAUCCCAUAACAAUUAACAACCUUUUACCCACUUUGGACCUUCUGGGCCUAUUAUAAGCCCAUAACAGAGCCGUUCCCCGGGAACCGUCGACAAGGACAACCCGACCCGCCAAACUCGUCAUCUUUUUCAAAACCCAUCCGCGAGGUUUUCGCUAGCUCCACCUCACCGGCGAAAAUGGCUUCCCUGUACUUAUCUUCAAUAUUUGUCAGCAGUCACCGGAGCUUCAUCAGUGCGCCGUCAAACCUCCGGCGCGCUUUUUCCUUCACUCGCGGUCGGUCUGUACUAUACAAGCACCGCAACAAGCUCGCUCCAGCUCGUUCGAACUCGAACUCAAACCACAGACAUUUCCGCUGCGCGUCAUCCAUAGCGGACGUCUCUCAUUCUACCGCCAUUACCGAAUUCCCCGCCAGUUAUCCAGAAUACGAUCGGCUGUUACCAUGUCCGGCUUACAAUUUCCCUCCGAGAGUCGAGCACCUUGUAGUUUCAGAAGAUGCUAAAGUUCUAGACUAUAUCUGCAAGGCCCUUGACCUUCCUCCACUGUUUGUUACAGAUCUUAUUCAAUUUGGAGCUGUACAUUAUGCCCUCGUAUGCCCACAGCCGCCACCAACUGCAACUCCGGAGCAGAUUAGGGUGUUCAAAGAGGUCACAGCACCAUCUGUUCUGAAGAAAAGAGGCUGCAUUAAAGGGAAAACAGUACGAGAAGCGCAGAAGACUUUCAGGAUAACUCGUCCGGAUGAGUUCGUGGAGGCUGGAACGUAUUUACGUAUUCAUGUGCAUCCAAAGCGCUUCCCUAGGUGCUAUGAAAUUGAUUGGAAAUCGAGAAUUAUAGCUGUAGCUGACUCUUAUGUUGUUUUGGAUAAACCUGCUGGCACUUCGGUAGGGGGAACAACAGACAACAUUGAAGAAAGCUGUGCAACAUUUGCUACUCGUGCAUUGGGUUUAACAGAACCAUUGAAGACAACACAUCAGAUUGAUAAUUGCACUGAGGGCUGUGUUGUUUUAGCUAUGACUAAGGAAUACUGCUCAAUAUUUCAUCAGAAAAUCAGAGAGAAACAGGUGAAGAAGCUUUAUCUUGCUCUCGCUUCAUCUCCUCUACCAACUGGUGUAAUUACCCACUAUAUGCGUCCGAUUAAUAAGGCUCCACGUCUUGUUUCAGAAGAGCAUGUAGAUAGGUGGCAGUUGUGUCAACUUGAAGUUAUGGAAUGCAAAGAGGUCCCUUGGCCAAGCACUUUGAUUGAAGAAAGGCAUUGCGUUGAAGACUGUGGGUGGCCCACGAGAGACAAAGCAUACGAAUGCAGGAUCAACCUUUUGACUGGCCGUACUCAUCAGAUUCGAGCUCAGCUAGCUGCCUGUGGCGCUCCAUUAGUUGGUGAUGCGAUGUACAUGCCAGCUGCAGUUGCUGAGCUUGCCAGUCCGGGGCUAAACCCAUUCGGAAAACACAGACGCCACUACACCAGCAACGACGAAGAUGAUUACCAAGUAGCCGUGGAAGAAUGGAUUGCACUUCACGGCAAAGAACCAACUUCCGCCAUUGGUCUCCAGGCGUGUCAAAUCUCGUGGGACGAAGGUGAAUAUAGCUAUGAGGCCGGAUCCCCCUGGUGGAGGUGAUGAGGGAAAACAGCAGCUUGAAUCCAAAUUCACCAACCAAGCGAAAUGGACUGUGGAGAGUAGGCCUUUUCGUAAAGGGACAAAUUGCUGGCCGCAGGAAUCUUGGAGUCCAAGAAAUGGUUAGAUGCCCCUCAAAUCUCAUAUCAUUAUCAUAGCUUACAAUGAAUCAAUAUAUAAUUACAUUGUUUACUGUCUUUCUUUCUGUAGUGAUAAUUACAUGUUACUAUUAGUGUAAUAUAUUCUUUCUUCUUCAAUAAGUAGGUGUAGUGAUAAUGAUGGUCGUAGCGACAGACUUGUAACUUACGCCGAGUUCGAACUUUAGGGUCAAUAACAACACUUAUGAUAUCAAUAUUUUCUCCCAUUUCGUUGAUUAUUGUUUGUCGCAGUCAAUGUAUUUGCUUGCAUUCAACAAUGAACCAAUCAAUCAAUUUCAUAUCAUUAACAUAUUGACAAUGAAUCAAUUGCACCUCGUUUUCUAUCUUUCUCUAUUGAUAAUUACAAGUUUGGCUUAGUGAUAACGAACAAUGACAAACUUCUAAGCGACCCUAACAAAAAAAACAAAGCUAUUUCCUUCUGCCAUAUGGGUUGAUCCCCAUUCACUCACAUCAUGGCUCUGGGUGUCUUGCCAUACUUAUCGAUGAAUCCUUUGAACCAUUUCGCCGAUAGCUUCGGAGUUCUCUCCAUAGUGUUGUAAUCGACGUGGCAGAUCCCGAACCUCUGGGUAUAACCGUUGGUCCACUCGAAGUUGUCGAGCAACGACCAAGCAUAGUACCCUCUCACGUCUGCGCCUUUCCUUAUUGCAGCCAUGAGUGAUUCCAAAUACCCAGACAUGUACUCUACUCUUCUCACGUCGUUGAGGAAAUCUCCAGUAGUGAGCAUUGGACUGUUCAUCUCACCAUACCCUGUUUUUAUUAGUAGACCCAAAUCAGUUCUAUGACCAAAACGAUUAACCCUAGAUGAGAUGAUUUAAUCAGACUUCAAUGACAAUUGUUCUUACCAUUUUCUGAGAUAAUCAUAGGCACAUUGUUGUAUCUAUCUUUUAAGUAUGUCACCAUUUUCUCCAUUCCUUGUGGGUAACUUGGAGCAGAAGAAAAAAAACUUACUCGUUUCCCCAUUGGGAAUCCAUCCCUCUCCUGGAUUGUCUGGAACGAACCUUCACUCCUGGUAGUUCCAAGCCCAGGCUCACAAGCAGAGUAGAUACAAUCCUUGAUGUAGUAGCUCGUGUAAUGGUUGAUCCCCAAGAAAUCCAGCCCUUGCUUAAGCUUCUCCAUAUCCUUACUCGAGAACUCGGGCAGGGUCGACCCGAGAACCCGGCUCAUCUCUUCCGGGUACCGACCAAGCACGAUCGGGUCGAAGAACCAGUUCGCGAAGAAAGCAUUGGCCCGGUCCGUGGCCAACCCAUCGGCUUCUGAUUCGCUGAACGGUUCGAACCAAGCGCAGUGGAGUACAAUUCCGAUCAUGCCCUUCUGGUCCUUUUGGUAUUUGGUGCGGUAGACGUCGACGGCGGCUGCAUGAGAGAGGAUUAUGUUGUGGGCGGCUAUAUACGGCUCCGUUUCGGAGUCCCCGGCUGUGCAAUUACCGAAGUGCCCCGAGCAGCGGGAUGGCGGGAAAGUGCCAUCCCGGUAACCGAAGGUGACUUGGAAGUUUGGUUCGUUGAAAGUCGACCAAUACUUCACUCUG